AUGAAAGAUACGCCGCCGGGAGAACCGCCAGGCCCUCUUGCUCUCCAGGCUCAGGAGCCCACGAAUGUCAAACAGCACCAGAUUGACACCGUCGAGAUCGCACAGACGUCCCGUCCGCCCCUCUUCACAGCAUUCCUCCACUACCUUCGUGGCCACCAAGCCAUUGCGCUCCCAACAUCUGACGCGGAUGAGGACAGCGGGAUUGAAACUCAAAGCUUUCGGAAGUUAUGGCAGGGAAAGCGACGGCUCAUCCUAGGUUGCAUCCUGCUCUGUAUCGUGCUUCUCGCGGCCAUUCUCCCACCCGUCAUCGUCAGCGCCGUGAGAUCGCGGCGCCGUCGCUCCCAAUUCACAGAUCCUAUCCCUGAUCAUAGACACUACGAUGACUGCGUACAUCGGUUUGAUUGGAACAUCGCAGAGGAGGCUUCCUUUGGGCACCACGAGUUCAUGGGCCAGACAUAUAUGCACGCUGUAAAUGUGUCGAUUCCUAUCCCCGUCAGCUCGGUUUUCUCGCUAGAGAGCUAUGGUGACCGCGAGUCGACACAUGGGUCGCUGGAGCUUCUCGUAGACGAUGGUCAACGCUAUCCUAACAGCGACCAAGUCCACGUCGAGAUUACCAAGUUCACGGAUAGCGCCAAUUACGUGCAGCCCACCUCUCAGAUGUGCCUCAUGAGAGCUGGUUUCCUGAACAACAUACGUCUGGGGCUGGUCACGCCUCAUUUGCAGAAGCCGUCUGGCCUGGCUAGCGAGCGAACAGCAUUUGCGAUCAAAGUCUACUUCCCGCCUUCCCAAAGUGGUCCCUUGCAUUUUAACCAUUUCGAGGCAGAGAUGCCGAAUUUUGAGUACCACGCUGACUUGGGGGACCACGUCUUCUUCAAGGAAAUGGUUCUGGCAGCUAGCAACCGUCCUAUCAAUGCAUCCAUCACCGGGCGCGACAUCAGAGUUAGGACGACCAACGCGCCUGUCUACGGCUCGUACAACACGACAAACAACGUUUAUGUGAUGACGCAGAACGCACCCAUUGAGGUGUCUGCCAGCGCUAUUGCGCCCGCCGACGACGCCGGUAACGCACGGUUCGAGCUUAUCUUCGUUACGAGCAACGCCAAAGUCAUGGUCGCGGUGCCCGAGGCGCCGCCCGAUGAUGUCCCCGGGCGGACGAUAUUACACACGUCCAAUGCACCAGCAUGGCUGUCCCUCCCACAGACGUUCACUGGGUCGUUCACACUCAGUACCACGCGCCGGCACGCGCCGCAGGUGCAUUUCGACGCGGACGCCCAGACGCCUGGGCGCGAACGCGAAGUCCAAAUAGUCACCGCGAACGGAAACGAUGUCAAGGGGGCAGUCAGACGGGCGUCGCUGCAGACUCGCCGUCCGCACAACAUGCGGCCUCAAUCUGUAGAGAUCCGCACGUCGAACAGCGAUGUCCAUCUCUUCCUUCGAUAUGCUGUGGUGAUCAAGUCGUCGUUGACGAGUAAUGCUGGCGCACUGCACCGUACCUUACCUUCCUGA